GUACUUUCUAGUGAGAGCUGGGGAGUCUGAAUUUGAGAGCAUAGGGGUUACUAACACUGACCCAGUUACUAAAACCUCAGUGGAUAGUGGCUUAUCGGAUAAAGGAAAGAAGCAGAUGAUGAAUGCAGCUUUGGCAUUGAAGGCGAUGGGGGCUUUUGAAGGGAAUUUUUGGAUUUGUCCUUCCAUUACCUGGAGAGCUUACCAGGCUGCUGAGAUUAUUGCUACUAUCAAUGGGGUUGAUCGAAGGUACAAAAAUUAUUUCCAGACUCGAUCUACUUAG